AUGAGAAUAAGCAAGGAAUACUUGAAAUUACAGUCAUCUAUCAUUGGUAGUGCAGAAAGAGAGAAGUGGAAGUGGUUUGAGAAUUGUCUAGGAGCACUUGAUGGAACUCACAUUCCAGUGACUGUGUCAGCUGAGGAAAGACCAAGAUAUCGAAAUAGAAAGGGUGAUAUUUCUACUAACGUCCUAGGGGUUUGUGCCCCUGAUUUAAAAUUUAUAUAUGUAUUGCCUGGAUGGGAGGGUUCUGCUUCUGAUGCUCGUGUUUUACGAGAUGCUCUACGUAGAAAUAAUCGGCUUCAUGUUCAACGGGAUAAAUACUUUUUGGUGGAUGCGGGAUACACUAACGGGCCUGGUUUUUUAGCACCAUAUCGAGGAACUAGAUACCACUUAAAUGAAUGGACUGGGAAUCGACCUGAAAAUUACAAAGAAUUGUAUAAUCUUCGUCAUUCAAUUGCAAGAAAUGUAAUUGAACGGUCAUUUGGGUUGUUAAAAAAGCGAUGGAGUAUAAUGCGUACUCCAUCAUUUUUCAGCAUCAAAACACAAGUUAGGAUCAUAAAUGCUUGUUGUGUUUUGCACAAUUUUAUUCGAAUUGAGCAAGCUAGUGAUCCUGUUUUAGAAGAUCAAGAUUCAAGAUUCUUAGUAGCGGUUGAUUUGGAGAUAUUAAAUCGUCCAACGUCAGAGAGUAAUGCAAAUAAUUUAAAUGAUAGGAUUACAUCAGUUCAAGCAACUGAGCAGUGGACAAAUUUUCGUGAUACAUUUGCAUUGAAGAUGUUCCAGGAUUAUCAAGCGCGACAUGCCACAUAA